AUGUUGAUUCUGGCCAACACCAACAGGGAGAUGAGCUUUGAAGUUUCCCGCGUCAACGGAAGAGUUUUUCUUGCGGGGAGUCUGGAGGGAAUAGAGUACAAGGGGUCUGAAUGGAAUUCUCCUUGCAACUAUUAUGUGGUUGAGUCUUCGGAAGGGAUAUUUGAGCUGAACAAGGCCAUGGAAGCCAAAGUAAUUGUGUUUGAGACAAUCUAUGAGACAGGACUACUUCAUGAGAAGACGUCUUUCGAAAAGCUAGCCUCCACUUUUGGGAACAGGAAGUUUGCCGAGCAUUAUAAGAGAAAGGGGAUUGAAGGAUACUCCAAGAGAUUCUUCACGUCGAAAUUUCAGUACAGAGAACAAGUACUGCCUCCUAUUGAUAAAGAGAAAUGGAAUCCUGAAGAGAGAUUUCCGUUGGAAAAAAUGUUUCCCCAGGACGUGCUUUCCAGCUUUUUGGAGAUAAAGCUAGACACAGUGCUGCUACAUCCAGAUCUUAUGAGUUUGAAGCAGGAUGUAAACUACAAAAUACACUUUUUGCUUGCCGACUGUAUAAUCAAGCUUAUGGAGAAGAAGUAUGUCACCAGCGAUUGCCUGAACGAUUCCGGAUACUCGAGUUUUUUCGAGAUGAUCAAGGAUGAGGUGGAAAACAGAAUGCUGACUCCUUUGUGCAGAGAUAAGCUAGCCAUUCUCUGUUACAUAUUGUUUCUACAAAUCGAGGGAUCUUCUGUGAGGUACGAAGUCUUGCCGGACUUUAAGUUUUCCAAAGAGAAAGUCUUGGCUAUGUUUAGGGUGAUAGGAUGCUCGUAUAUUGCGAAAUUAGACAGUUUCAAGAUGAAGGAGAAACAGAUGCACCCAUCAGAUACUAGAAAUUAG